UUUAUAAUCUCUAUGCCAACAGUAGUAUGUGUAUUGGUCGGUUUCGCCUUCUUCAUGAGUAAAAAUGAUCUAGAAGAAGAUAUCUAUAAUUUCUUCAUUAUUAUGGUUUGUUUUACGGCCAUAUUACGAGUUCUGGUGGUAUUAACGAGACAACGAAAAUUUUUGGACUUGUUCAAAGUUAUUGAGUACUGGUACAUCGAACUGCAACUUCAAAAGAGCGAAAAUGCACUGGAAAAAUUAAAUGAACUUACUAAAAGGGCUCGGUUCUGUACCAAAUAUGGUUUGCGAUGUGCCUUGUUUGUUGAUGUGUUUAUCGCUCUUCAGCCAAUGAUAACGGGAUAUGGCAAACUCGUGGCCGAUGUUAAAUUGCCUGGCAUCGAUUUCCAUAAGAGCCCCAUUUAUGAGAUAAUGUAUCUACUGCAAACCUGCUGGGUUCUACCCAUAACAACAUGCUCCUAUGUGCCAUAUGUAAAUUUUCUAUUGAUCUUCAUAAGCUUUGGCAUUUUCGCAAUCAGAGAUCUACAGAGAAGAUUAGAAGAUCUAUGCCUAAUGGAUGACAAGGAUGCGUUGGACAAUGUGAAGAGAUGUGUUGCCUAUCAUGUGAGAAUCAUCAAAUUUCGCGAAGAUUUGGAGCAAUUUUUUUCGCUAAUGAGUUUGCUAGAUGCGAGCUUGUAUUGUGUAACACUUUGCAUGAUGUUGGUAUAUACGACCAUGGAAUUUACGAUGCCACUUUUGAUUAAAGGUAUAGGAAUUUUACUAGUUUUAACAACAUUAAUUUUUUUAACCUAUUGGCUGGCCGACACUUUCACUCAUGAGAGUCUGAAUAUCGCUGAAGUCGCUUAUAAUACCAAUUGGAUGGAUCGUGAUAAGGAAUUUCGCAGAUGCAUUUUACUAAUUAUCGCCAGAAGUCAGCGUCCUUUGACGCUCACUGCAGGUGGUUUCAAACCUAUGAAUAUGAAUACAUUUAUGGUCAUAAUGCGCUCUUCUUACUCAUUUUUCUCUCUUCUACAGAGCACAAUGUAGAAUAAUGUCAAGUAAAAGUGUAAAGGAAAUU